UUUAACUCUAAGAAAAUGCGAAAUUGAACUUCUUUUCAAAUGAGUUGCUUCAUGUUCACUGUCUUUCGACAUUUCAAACUAACACAUUUCAACCCUGUCCUCGAGUUUAUUUCGUGACAAAGUUGGUAAGGAGUUUGUAGUCGUGUUGGAGGAAGUGAGACGUGCCAUUUCUGUGAAGUCGACUGCUAGUGCCUGGAUAAAACGUCAAAUGGUUCUCUUAAAGGGAUAGCAGUGAAACUCUAACAUAUCUCAAGAUGGGACUUCCUGGAAAUGGAAUGUACGUGGUGCAGGGGGAGAUGUCCAUCCUGCUCACGUCAAUGAAAAGAGGCAACCGUUGGUCAUCGCACUCUCACCAGGGUGACGAAAAUGAUAGUCUUAUACGCCUCUUUCUUAAGUUGAAAGAAUUGUUGAAUCAAGAGGGAGAUUUGCGACACCUUGAUCCAAACCACUUCUUUGAUCCAUUUCUAGAAGUUAUUCGAUCAGAGGAGACAACUGGUCCUGUUACAAGUCUAGCCCUUGCUUCAGUGGCAAAAUUUUUGUCGUACAAUCUCCUUGAUCCAUCAAUCAAAACUGCAGCAGCUUGUGUUGAAAAUAUUGCAGAUGCAGUGACACAUGCUCGAUUUGUCGGGACUGACACAGCAAGUGAUGGGGAUGUUCUGAUGAAAAUCUUGCAAGUCUUAAGGAUACUAAUGUUAUCACCUGUGGGAUCACUUUUGACUAAUGAAACUGCUUGUGAAAUUAUGCUGAGCUGCUUCCGUAUAUGUUUUGAGAUGCGUUUGGAUGAACUGUUACGUCGGUCUGCUGAACAUUGCUUGAAGGAUUUGGUACAGUUGGUAUUUACUCGCUUGCCAGAAUUUUCUGAAGACCACCAAAUACGUUCAAGUAUGAAGAAACUGAAAAUGAGGACAGGUGCAGUAGACCAAAAUUCUUCUCGUGCUUCCAAGCGAAAGACUAAAGCAAUUGGUUACAACAAGCAUGGUCAUCAAAAAGUAGAUUCUAUUUCAACGUCUGAUCCCCACAUAACUAAUCUUGAGGAAAGGUUUGUAAAACCUCACACUUCAAAUUCAGACGACCUACCUAACUCAUCUGAAAUUAAGCAUAGGGAGAAAAAUUCAGAAUCUGAGAAUGACAUUGCUCCUCCAUGUGAUGAAAGAAAUUCAGCUGGAGAUUCAAAACCUCCAGUAGAUGUAGACCCCAGCACUGGAUCAAGAGCAAUACAGAAUGUUAGUGGGAGUGUUGGUAGUGAGUCUUCUGGUGAAGGACAAGUUGGACCAGAUGUUGCAGGUAUCAAAUUAGUUUCCCAAACAGAAGUUGCAUCUAACACACACAUUGUUGAAAGUAGUGAAAAGGAGAUUAUUCAAACAUCAAACACCACAGAAAACUCUAUGUCAUCCAUUGAAGAGUCAGGGGAAUAUUCAAGCAGUACAGUUGAGGCCUCAUCUGAAGUAUCUACUUCUGUGUUAAACUCAACUGAGAAAAUUAGCCCUACUUCAAAAUCCAAGAGCCAAGAGCCAGCAUAUGUUAAUCCUCAAGGUGUUCGUUUCACGAGUGGAGAGGAUGAUGACAUUGAAGGCGCUCCUCUUGUACCUUAUGGAAUUGAGUUCAUUUGUGAACUUUUCCGGUUUCUUAUUUCCCUUUGCAAUCCAACUGACAAGCAAAACUCUGAAAAGAAGCUUCACAUUGGUCUCACAUUGCUCACAGUGGCUUUAGAAGUUGGAGCAGAUAGUAUUGGACAGUAUCAAACACUUCUUACGCUUGUUAAAGAUGAUCUGUGCAGAAAUAUGUUCUGUUUAUUGACUACAGAACGUAUUCCUCUUCUUGCUGCUACGUUGAGGGUUACAUUCCUCCUCUUUGAAUCAUUGCGCACCCAUCUUAAAUUCCAACUUGAGCACUACUUACUUCAGUUAGCAGAAAUGGUUACUUCUGAUUCUCCUAAGACAUCUUAUGAACAUAAGGAACUUGCAUUAGAGUCUAUUGUGCAAUUGUGGAGAAUACCAGGUUUAGUGACAGAAUUGUACCUCAAUUAUGACUGUGAUCUAUACUGCUCCAACAUAUUUGAGGAUCUAUGUAAACUUUUGUCCAAGAAUACUUUUCCUGUAUCGGGAUUAUUUAGCAUUCACCUAUUAUCACUUGAUGCCUUACUAACUGUCAUUGAGUCAAUUGAAAGAAAUUGUCACAGUCGUAUGCAAAGCGAACAUCAGGAAUCUGCAGCAUCUCUUUCGGUUACCAAAUCAGAAACGUACCAAGAUGCCACUAAGUCCAUAGUCCAUCAGCCUUUGGCACCACCUCCUUCAAUGGGGAGGUGUCAUGUGUCGCUGAAUAUCCCUACUCAUGAACAACUUAUGGCAGAUAAAAGAAAGAAAAAGUUACUAGCCACUGGAACAGAACAUUUCAAUGCUAAAGCCAAAAAGGGCAUUCAGUACCUUCAAGAGCAUCAUUUAUUAGCAACGCCUCUGGACACAAGUGAGGUGGUUCACUUUCUAAGAGAAAAUCCACGGCUAGACAAGAAAAUGAUUGGGGAAUUCAUUAGCAAUCGAGAAAACUUAGCUGUGCUUGACUGCUUUGUUAAGUCAUUUGAUUUUGUUGACACUCGCAUAGACGAAGCUUUGCGUCAAUAUCUGGAGGUAUUUAGGUUACCUGGUGAAUCACCUCUUAUAUCUCUCCUUUUAGAGCACUUUGCAGAUCAUUGGCAUAAAUGUAAUGGAGAGCCCUUUGCAAAUAAUGAUGCUGCUUUCACUCUUGCCUAUGCUGUUAUCAUGUUGAAUGUUGAUCAACACAAUCACAAUGCCAAAAGACAGAACAACCCUAUGACCCCGGAUGAGUUUAAACGCAAUCUCAAAAAGGUCAACGGAGGCAAAGAUUUUGAAGAGGACAUGCUUGAUGAAAUCUACAAAUCAAUCAAAUCUUGUGAGAUUGUUAUGCCAGCUGAGCAAACCGGUGCAGUGAGAGAAAACUAUCUGUGGAAAGUUUUGUUGCGUCGUGGGGCAAGUAAAGAUGGGGUUUUCAUUCAUGCACCCGGAGGACUGUUUGACCAUGACCUAUUCUCACUUAUUUGGGGCCCCUCUGUUGCUGCUUUGAGCUUCAUAUUUGAUCGCAGUAUGGAUUCUACUGUGUAUCAAAAAGCAAUAUCAGGGUUUUUGAAGUGUGCAUUAAUAUCAGCUCAUUAUGGGAUGAGCAAUGAUUUUGACAACCUAAUCAUUUCCUUGUGCAAAUUUACAACCUUAAUAACAAGUGCAGAGACUGUGGAUUCAUUACCAGUUGCAUUUGGAGCAAAUCCCAAGGCUCAAUUGGUCACCCGCACUGUUUUUGGUCUCGCUCAACGGCAUGGGGACAUUUUGCGUCAUGGUUGGGCCAACGUUCUUGAAUGCUUACUCCAACUUUAUAAGUGCAAACUUCUACCAAAAGCUCUCACCGAGGCUGAAGAUUUCCUGGAAGCUAAUGGCAAGAUAUCACUGAUGAGAGAAGAGGCUCCUUCUCAAAAAACAGAGACUGGCCUGUUCAGUUCUCUUUAUUCCUACAUUGCUCUGUCGUCUGAGCCUGCAUCCCAGCGAAUGGUAUCUCAAGAGGAUCAAGAGCAUAUUCAGCAAGCCAAACGCUGUAUAAGAGAAUGCCAUCUGGAGCUUUUGAUAACUGAGUCAAAGUUCUUGAGAAUUGAUUCCCUUCAAGAAAUGGUCAAGGCUCUCAUUCUAGCUUCUCACGGUCCAGAUGGUCACCCAUCCUUGGGCACUGCACAAAACGAAAGCACUGCAAUAUUUUUCUUGGAGCUUCUUAUUAAAGUGAUCAUUCAAAACCGAGAUCGAGUAGCCUCUGUGUGGAGUAAUGUGCGUGAUUACAUAUACAGCUUGUUGAUGGGUGCUGCAGCCUGUGAACAUCCUUUCCUGAUGGAGAGGUGUGUCGUUGGCCUCCUGAGAUUGGCUAUUCGGUUGAUGCGGCGGGAGGAAAUGAGUCCUAUGAUUCUUCAAUCAUUACGCAUGCUUCUGCUACUGAAAUGGGUUCCCCUCUCAAGAGUGUCACGGAAUGUUGCUUAUGGAAUUCAUGAACUUCUCAAAACAAGUGCCGCAAAUAUCCACAAUGAUGCUGACUGGUCAGUCAUUUUCACAUUACUGGAGGUUGUUGGAGCUGGUGCACCUCCACCUCGUGUGUUCGGAGAAUCCACUUCUCAAGAACUGAGUGCUCAGGACCAAGGUGCCAAGUCUGAUGGAGAAUUGCAGUUAGGUUCACAAGAAGAUAGUGGAAUAGGAACUGAAAGGGGCUAUACAUCUGAUUCUGAAAUAAGCCGUAGCACCAGUAGUCUACCUACAACUAGCCAAAUCCUUUCUCAGCCUCUUAGCCCAACCAACAGCCCUGAACUUUCUCCAAGCAAUGCAUUGACUGGUGGAUGGAUACUGGUUGGGCGAGAGGGUGAAAUUCAACCUGUGUCUAUGAGGUCCUUGAGAUUGACUGCAAGUAGUCCUUCUUGGGACCGAGAACUAUAUGCUCAUGACCCCUAUGCUCUCAUUAAAUGCUGUGAAAGCCUUACUUUUCUCGUCAGAGAUGUAGCUCACAUAACGCCUUACAAUUUUGAAUAUUGUGUCCAUUGUAUCAGAACAUUUGUGGAGGCCAGCUUGCAUUCGACUGACAAGAAACAGUCUCGGAAAGUUGCUAGUCACAAUAAAGAUGUUAGUGGCAAAAAUCGUAAAAGGCUUCCAAGUCUAAGAAGGAGAGAUGAUCCUAGUUCUGUUAGUGCACAACGAAGAGCACGCAGCCCCCAGAAUAAUCCUUAUGAUGCUGAUGAAAGUGAUUCUGAGGAAUUACCAUCAGAAUAUCCUAUCCAGUUGCUAGACUUGAUGCACACUUUGCAUACUCGUACAGCUCAAAUAUAUCGGUGGUGGGCUGAAGAAAGUGGUGAUGUCCAGCAGCCGUCUUUGUGGGCUACAGGAUGGUGUCCUUUACUUCAAGGUAUAGCACGUUUAUGCUGUGAUAGCCGGAAAGAGGUCAGAAUGAGUGCCAUCACCUAUCUUCAAAGUGCUCUUUUAAUGCACGACCUCCAAACUCUCAGCGCCCAAGAGUGGGAAUCAUGCUUUAGCAAGGUCCUAUUCCCACUUCUGGCUCGGCUGCUGGAACCAGUGUGUCCAGGUGAUGCCGCCUGCAGAACCCGCGAAGAAGAAACUCGAAUGCGUGGAGCAACUCUACUGAGCAAGGUGUUCUUGCAUCAUUUGACUCCUCUUCUAUCUCUGCCAAAUUUUACUGCUUUAUGGCUGACUAUAUUGGAUUUCCUGGACAAAUAUAUGCAUUCAGAUCACAGUGACUUGUUGUUGGAAGCCAUCCCUGAAACAUUGAAGAACAUGCUCUUAGUGAUGGAUUCUGCAAGAGUUUUCUCAACUCCAGAUGGCUACUCUCCCUUGUGGACAGUGACUUGGGAACGCAUUGAAAGAUUCUUGCCGUCAUUAAGGAUGGAAUUCAUGAAAGCCCAUCCACCAGAGGCAUCUAAGCCACCUGUUGAAGAAAUUGCUCAUAGUCCGGAAUACGAAGUGGUUCCAAAUGAACAAGAGACGUGGCUUUUGCAGCACCAGCAACAACAAAUGCAGCAACAACAGGAGUUCCAACAACAAGAGCUCCAUCAACGGGAGUACCAACAACAACAACAGCAAUUAAACCAGAGUCUUCCUCACAGUCCACAACAUGAACCCAUUUUGCGGAAUGACGUAGAUCUUUCCCAAAAUGCUGUUGGUUUCACUCCAAUACAAGUAGCAGCUCCUAAUAUUGAUCCUAACAUGCAGCCACAUCAACCCAUUCCUAUUCUUGAUCCAGCAGCUAUUUCUAUGGCACCACCUCCAAUGCACAGCAUUUCGAAUGUUAUACUUCAGCCUCCUCUUCCCAUGCCUGGAGGAGCAGGACUUUCAUUGCCACCCACUAUAUUUUCCCACAUGGGCCAGCUUGUAUCAACACCAAUUACUGGUCCACCAGCACCUGUGGCUGAUGUCUCUCAGGGUUCUAUUGACUUAUCAGCAAAUCCAAACUCUGCUUUCUCAAGUCACUCAGUCAGCAUGAGCCCUGAGGCAGUGAUGGAGGCAUUUACUCCUACUCGAGGAUCUGGAAUGCGAGGGAGUUCAUUCACUAGUUUGUCUCAUGCAAUGCCAAAUGCAAAUGAAGGUGGCCUCAUUCCAGCAUCUCAUUACUUCUUUCAGGAUCAGUCAACUGCUCCAUUAACUGAAACAUUCCAUUCUCACUCAAUGAGUAGCCCAGUAGGAGGUGUGGGUACUAGUAAAGGAAUUCUCUUAGAAGGUGCAAAUAUCCCAACUCUACCAAUUUUAUCACCUUUUGUUUCAAUGGAACAACCAAGUAAUGAUGUCCACAAAGAUGAACUUUAAAGUUUUCCCUUGACUUCUUUGCUCAUAGUAAACCUCUCACUGUGCACUCUUGUAGUGUAAGAUUUUAAGAUGGAAGCCAAACUAUUACAGUUAAGUGUGCUCAAGAAACAUCUUGAAACAAGAUGAGCACUGACACUGACAUUUAAAUUGUGAUGUGACUUACUCUGUAUAUAUUAAUGGUAUCUUAUCAAUUUUGACUUACCGUUCAACCUCUUGUUGAACUGAACUGAACAGCAGGCUGGAUGUAUGAAUCACUAUUGCAAUUACUCUUCAAAAUUGCUUUAAGUACUGAGUUACUUCGUGUAAAUUGAAAUAUCACUUUAAGUUUUAUGCCAGUUUGAGCCAUGAUUGUUAAAUAAUAAUGUUUAUAAUGUUAAAUGGAAUAAGGGAAAGAAGAUAACUUCCACCAUUCAAAUAAUGAAUGAAUAAAUUUUAUUGUAUAAUACAGAGUUAUUUAACUUAGAUAUUUUCCUGCAUUUGAAUUGUAGAUGAGCUAGUGUUAUUAAAUGUUAUGUCUUUGUUUGUUCUAUAAUACUUUACCCUAAAGCGCCUGGGUGAAUGGAUGCAAGGCAAGAAUCAGUAAAAAUAGGGGAUGGCUUUAAAAAUUAUGUUAAUGGGCUUGGAUCCUGUAUCCACACAGAUCCAUUUUAUAUGUUAUUUUUGUAUUUUGUUAUCAUUGUAUGAGUUUUUAUUACAAUUGACUGCAGUUUUAUUUCUCUGCUGUUAAUUAUAUGCAGAUAAAUUUAUCAUACCAAUGAAUUCUUAAAUUUACACUGUCGGGCAUGUCUGUUUGGUCAAUCUUCAUUUGAUAUAUUGCCAAGCUAGUGACUGUCCUCAAUUGUAUUUGAUUUGGUGACCAUACUUGUCAAAACACCUCCUUCAUCUACAUUUUCCCACUGUUGCUGUCCUUUGUCUAGGUACUCUAGGAUGGACCAGUAAUUGAAACUAAGCAGUAAAGUUACCAGGUGUUUACAUUCAA